CCUUCAUUUAGAAUUUAUACAUACAACGAGUAAAAAUGAUUUUACGUAUUUUUACCAAACAAAGGCUGCUAAUAUUGUUUAUUGGCUUGAUAGUUAUUGUCAGUGUUAUUUAUUUUUAUUUCAAUUAUGUUCAAGAAAAUUAUAACAGUGCACAACUGUCUACUGACAGAUGUUUCACAGAACUUACAUCAGUUAAAUAUCAACUGAAUGUUGUAACGGAGUAUAAGAACCGGAUAGACAAACUUUUGACUGAAACAGAAAAACAGCACAAGCUAGAUAAAGAACGCUUCAGAGACAUUAUGGAGAGUUGUGUUGCUAUGAAACAACAAUCUAUGAUCUGUCAGAGUCAAUUUGAAGAUCUUCAAAGCGAGUGCAAAAAAGUUAAAGAAGAUUUAGAUAAAAUACAACAGGAUUUACCAAAAAAAGUUUAAAAAAUCUCUAUUAAUACUAUUCGAAUAAAAUUUUAUUUUGCUUCUUAGUUUAAAUGGACACAAAGACUAAGGACCUUACAAUAAUUGAUUCUUCCUUUUUUAAAUUAUAAUUAUUUAAGGUAUUUAUUUUAUCUAAGCUACUUAAUUGUACAACUCUUAACUCUAUGAAAUGAUCUUAAUAAAAUAUUAUAAAAAAUACUACAAA